CAGAGGGCCCUGAUGGACCUGCCACUGAUCACUGCUGAUAAUGAGUGAAGCCAGACAGAAUUUUGCACACUGUCUCAAACGCAAUGCCAGUGUGUUAAUCAGACCAGCUAAUCAGGUCUGAGCUCUUUUCAGUCUUCUCUUUAGAGCCGUAUUAGCCCUUCUUAAAGUCGCACAUCAGCAGUUAUCUUCAGAUGCAUUGUUGGCUUAACGUACAGGUAGUUGCUACAAGGAUCUGCAGCAGUCUGAUGUAUGGGACACGUUUAAGCUCACGCCCUUACAUUCCUUUGUUAACACUCAGGAGCAUUUCUAAUACAGCAGUCAGAGCCCAAGGAGCCUUACUGCUGCUUAUAUUAUUUCAUUAACAUGGCUGCCCUCUUACAAACCCUAAUAACUAAGCUACAAUGUUCAGGAAAGGGUGAUUAAUUAUAUUAAUAUUAAUUAGUUGUAUUCAGCAAUCUUAAUGGAUUCCCUGAUCAUUUUCUAAUCCACCUUUUGCUGGUUAAGAUUGCUUAAAGAUGAGCACAGUAUCUCUGAGGGUCCUUUUUAUAAGCAUGCUUGACCAGUCAACUGUGCACAUUCAUGUACCUCUGGUAUGAAAUAACAACCUCUUGGUCAUUUGGGUGGUAUGGGGAUCAUUUCCAUCCUUUAUUGGCCCUGCUGACUUUUUGUCCAAACUUGCAAACUUUUGUCUUUAAACUUGCAGCUUUAUUAAAAUGGAAUGUUAUCCUGUCAUCGCCACUAUGUUGCAGAGAUAACAAGCAAGGCUGCUCCUGUAGGGACUCUGUGCACAGGAGAAGGGACUCAACGCCAUGCUAGCCUUAUUUCACUUAGCACUGACUUCAUUAUUAUUAACACUGUCCCUGCCAAUAAUGUUAAAUUACAGCAGUCAGUGUUUUCAUAUCAUAUCAUAUCAUAUGUGGUCGUGCUAAAAAUCAAACUUUCUGUUCUGUCUUUUUAAAAUUGUAUUUACAUAUAUUCAUAGAACAAAAAGGUUUCUGCGAGGUCUUGAAUAAUUAGAGAUUCGCAAGUGUGGUAAGUUCAAAGCAGGACCCAUUGAUUACAUCCAGCGAACUCUACAGUGCAGUUUUAAUUCUUCAAUAUUAGUAGUAAUAAUAUAAAAAUAUGGCUUGCAGUAAAGCCACUCACAAAAUUUGCAUCGCAUCUUUUCCUUUAAAACUCCAAAGUUAGAAUCAUUAUUAUUUUAGAACAACUUUAAAAUUUUAAGGUGUGCUGAAAUUAAAAAAGAGGGAUGUGAGGUGAAACAAUCUGAAUUUAAGAAACCUUAACUUUAAAUGAGAAGGAAUGUCGGGUAAUAUAUUUAGUGUAAUUAGAUGGUACAAUUAAAUGUCUGCCUGUAUUAUUUUAAAACUUAAAAAUAGUCAUAUUUUAGUUGCUUUAGCUUGCUUGGUGUUAAAAUUGCCAAAUGAGCUUGCUACUGUAUACACCUGCUGGUCAACACAUGAGCAUUAACAUCACCACUAUUUGACUAACGAACGAUCCACAACAACACGCCUGAUGUGGAAGUUUUUUUCCCUAAUAUUAUUUCUCCUCCCUCAAAAUAAGUCUAGAAACUUUGAAACAGCCAUCUGAGAACUACAAACCUUUAGUGUGCAAGCUAGCCUCCCUCCUCUAUUUAGCAUUGCAGAUUUUUUCUUUCUUUCUUUCUUUUUUUACUUCUUUCAUGCUGUAGGAAAACAAAGAAGGUAAAAGCUGCCUUUGUAGUGCUUCUCUGUUUUAAGAGGUAAAGUUGCAAGUCGAGUCGACAAGAAAAUGUUCUAAAAAGAGUGUAAAUUCAAUCUACCCUUUAUCUUGUUUACUAGUUUUCAUUCUAACUUGAUGCUGUAGAAAAAUAAAAGGUCAAGGAAAAAUGUAUUUGCUAGAUAAAACAUUUUCGUCAGACAGACUCCUGGGCUCAGUUUCGCUUUGGGUAGAAGCCUGAGUAAAUGCCAGAUUCAUUUACAGUGUUACGCUCAAUGCAAUGUUAGUUUAACACAAAGUUAAAGUAAAGGCAUUACUCACUCUGAGCAAUCUUAACAUAAUACACUUCAAAUUACAAGUAAGGGCAUGUAUUAUCUAUUGAAAUGGAUUUUGAAAACCAUCCCAACACUACAAUAUAAAAUAAGCAAUAUUACUUUAUAUCAUAAAUUGUUACUGUUCUUAUAUAUAGGCCAAGAGAUUCCAAACAUCAUAACUAGGCAAAAGGGGCUGUUUUACCCCUUUUUUGUGCCCUUCUUUUGCAAGCCUUUGCAUGCAACCCAGCAUCUGGACUCCACCUUAGGCCAAAGGUAUGAGCCUGACUUCAAAAGGCACACCGAGAGGAUUUUUACCACUGACAGGACCAGUUCUGAGCAUCUGGUUCAAACUUCAUUUUGAUCUCCUGCAUUUAUUUCCACUUGGCCCUUCUCACUGAAGAUAAAGGCGAUGCAGUGUUAGGUGCACAGAGGAGAGCAGUGCAGCAACACUAGUCGAAGUCAGUAUAGAUGCAAAGGUUCACACAGGUUUUACUGUUGCUAAACAAGAUGAUAAAGAAGAUAGGGAACACCUGGAAUGUAGAGUACUGUAUAGCAGGCAAGUAUGGGCAGAUACUGGAAUUAAUAAAUUAGCCGGUUUGACAGAAGUAGAGCGUGUGCUACAGAUUCAGUUCUUUACCUUAGCUUUGGUUCGUGUUUAUAUAACCCUUCACACUAUCAUGCAACUCAGCCGUGCUACAUUGUGUUUAGUGGGCUGUUUAACACAUUGCAGUUAGUGCUAACAUGACAGCCAACAAAACAAGUGUGUCAUAGAGUGGAAACAUGAUGGUGACUUAGCACCUUAAGCUUUAAUUUCCACUGCUCUCCGUUGAAGAAGAGGACUUGAAUCUCACAUAGCAAUUGCGUAACCUCAAACACAUGGGCCAGCAUUUUGUGUCUAUUUAUUUGUGUGAAUAGCUACUUUUUGGUCUCAUUUGCAGCUCAGCAGUAAGACGCUGGAAUUAGAAGUGGAUAACAGACACUGUAUGCUACGGCCAGUCCUUGGUGAGGAGGGGGAAGACAGUGAAAACUAAUGUGGAUCAGGCUUACUGAAAAGUUCAACCUAUUAGUGAUUAUCUGUCUUUUUUUGUCUGUCUGUGCACACAAACACAAAGACACACCAAAAAGCUCUCCUCUGGGAGAGCGGGUAUAAUAAAUCUUAGGUUCGGUGGAGGAGCUGUGUGGUCUUUGGUGACUUGUUAAUUAGGCACGAAUAGCAAAGCCAUUAUCAGGCUUGCUUUCAUGGGAGUAGAAGGAGACUUGACACUUGACAAAAUACUGUGACUUAGAACCAGAAAAAAUGGCCUGUUCAUGGUAAUCAAAAAAGGUGAGGUGGAAGAAAAUCAAAUUAUGCUGCCUUGUUUCUAUUAGAUUAUACAGUGUGUGUGACAUCAUAGAGGAUACAGGAUUAAAAGUGCCCUAAAGAGAAGAAAGCCCUCUUUGUCAUGUUGACCACAGAGCUACACACACACACGCAUCCUCUGAUGCCCAGAUAUACACACAGGGUGGCUUAAAUUAGACCUGGAAAGUCCUUUAUUUUCCCCCCAGAGAGAGAGACGCUCUGUGUUGACAGCCCAGGACGUGGAUGUGGUUUUUGGCCAUGAAGGAAUACUCUGUUGCUUUUGUGUUAUUUUGGGAUGCUCCAAGGGUUGGGAACUACGAAACCUGUCUUUCUGUUGAUAAAGUCAUAUUGAAGAGCAAGUCUGAACAGAACGUGUCUCUCCAGCCCUGUCAGCAAAUAUUUUGCAUGUAUUUGUUUGGUAAGAGAGACAAGAGGGUGAGAAAGGGAGAUUUUUUUUUUUUGUAUGUGCACAUUUAUAGAUGUGUGCAAAUCGUUGCAUGCAAGGCUAGUACAUGAUCUGUCAGUCUAAGUUUAAGUCUGGGCCUGCUUUCUUAUGUAACGGCUUUGAACGAGUGCAAGGCCUGAAGCACAACAAAGCUUUUUAACAAAGGAGCACAAAUUGUUUUUGUAAUUAUCCCAACAUUCAAUAAAGCUUUCCCAGAAACACUGCAGCAAGGGGAUCAUACAUAUAUUUUCAUGGGUGUGUCCAUGUGUUUAUACUACUGGAUAAGGGCCUGCCAAGCCCUCGAGAUCCUUGGAGAAGGGUCUUAUCUCCUUGAGACACAAGUGUCAUCUUUCUGUCUUCAGUCGCACCCUCAGGCAGUGCGAUGGAAGCUGAGAUUGGGCUGAGAGUUUAUGCUGAAGCUGCUGUUUUAAGAUAAAUGUAUUUCGUUUUUUUCCUUUUUUAUCUCAAAAUGGAAACCUCAUGGAAUUUAAAGCUGUUUGCAGGAAUCCGAUCUUUUGCACCCCUCAGAUGUUGGAAUGGCCUGAAAAUAAGAAAUAUUGAGCAUCAUGACUUGUGCAGAUGUCCUUCACUCUCCGAUACAGUCUUAGUGUUACACAAAUGUAAAAAGCACACAGAAAAACAAUGGCUUCCCCCUGCUGUCUGCCUGGUGUGGACUGUGUGUGUUUGUAUUGUGUUGCUGGAUCGUUAGGGAUGUGGGAGAGUGUGUGCAUUGGACUGGGCGCAGGGGGGGCAUCCGCUGUGAGGUAGAACAGAAAGAGAAGGAAGCUGGACAGGGCAGUUGUACUGAGUGCUUCGAGAGCUGAAAUAACACUGGAGGAAGAAACCCUGUUUCCCUUAGGCCAGGGAGUUUCCAGUCUCACAUGGAAGUCACCUUCGGAAGAAGACUGUCAUUUCUGAAGCAUGAGCAGAAGCCCAAAGCACGGCGCCAGCACCCAGCACAGUAUCGGCGAUCAGGUCGACCACCUGUCCUUAGCCUCCCUGGAAUCAUUGGACACCAUGUCAGAGGCUGAAGCGCCCACAACCUUCACCCGUGGCAGCCGGGUUCGUGCCAGCCUGCCUGUUGUGCGAUCGGCCAAUCAGACAAAGGACCGCUCACUAGGUGUACUGUACCUGCAGUACGGAGACGAGACCAAACAGAUUCGCAUGCCCAAUGAGAUCACCAGCAUCGACACAAUCAGAGCUCUCUUUGUCAGUGCCUUCCCGCAGCAGCUCAACAUGAAGAUGUUGGAGUCACCCAGUGUUGCCGUGUACGUCAAAGACGACAUGAGGAACGUGUAUUACGAACUUGCUGAUGUCAGGAACAUCACAGACCACUCCUGCCUGAAGGUUUACCACAAAGAUCCAGCACAGGCAUUCAACCAUGGACCCCGACCUACCAAUGGCGAUGUCAGGAUGCACAGUGAAAUGGCACUUGCCGGCCGUGAUGGCCAGCCCCCUCUAAGGCAUCCUCCCAUGGUUCCCCCGUCCCACCACCCAAUGCAAGCAGCACUCCCCCCAACGCCCCACUCUAUGCCUCCAUCCCCCUCCAGAAUCCCAUUUGGCCCACGGCAGGGCUCUUUACCUGGGAGCGCCACCAUCCCAAGGGAUAGAAUCUCCAAUGCCAACCCACCGGCCCGCUCUAACUCUCCUUGUCCCAGCGCCAUCCUAGAGAGACGAGAUGUCAAGCCAGAUGAGGAUAUGGCUGGAAAGAGCCACACUCUUUCUAGAGGGAAUGAGGGCUUGUACGCAGAUCCAUACCUCCUCCAAGAGGGACGAAUGGGCAUUGCUGCAGCACAUGGACCACACCCCAGCCCUGGGCUUGAUGGUCCAGAGCAUGCCAUGGGGGGAUUUCACCGUGCAUCCAUCCGCUCCACGAGUUCUUAUGGUGGACCUAGCCCUACAGACACUAUAGAUCACCCCUCUCUGUACAGGCAGAAGUCCAGAAACAGCCAGCUGCCGACUUUGGGUUCUAAGACACCUCCGCCAUCCCCUCAUCGGAUGACUGAGGUACGAAUGAUUGACAUCCAUGGUGGACCUCCUCAUGGCAUGCCAUCUCAUAGUGUUACCAUGGAGAGAAGCUCGCCAGUGCGCCAGUCCUUCAGGAAGGAAGAAGUAACGGGGACAAAGCCACGGAACAGCAUGGGCUCACCUGUGGUUCCAGACCUCCAGGGGCCAAUCCCAGCUGCCAGUGACCAUCAGACACGAGAACGAAUGAAGGCUAUGGAACAACAGAUUGCCAGCUUGACUGGUCUUGUUCAGCAUGCACUUUUAAAGGGCCCAAACACUAGUGGCACCAAGGAGCCUCUAAGCGAGAGACCCCCGAAGACAUCAUCUCCAGCCCACAGUGCUCAUAGUUCAGGUGGUUCUCCGGUCUUGUCUCCCAAGAACAGUGCAAGCCCACCAGACAAGGGCUCAGUUCCACUCAAAGUAAACCUCCUGCAGUUCAGGAAGAAUGUUUCUGACCUCAGGAUGCAACUGCAUCAGAUGAGGCAGCUGCAGCUCCAGAAUCAGGAGGCAUUACGGGUGCAGCUGAAGCGGGCAGAGCAGGAAAUCAGUAUUAAACUUGCAGAAGCAAUGCGGCGUAUGGAGGACCCUGUUCAGCGACAGAGAGCUGUGGUAGAAGAGGACAGGCACAAGUACUUGGGUCUGGAGGAGCGUGUCCUCACACAGCUCAGCGAGCUGGAACAGUAUGUAGGUUCUCUGCAGAAUGACUCAGCCACAACACACAGAGCAGUGACCCUAAAAGAUGUGGAAGAGGGAGCCGUAACCCUGAGGAAGGUGGGAGAAUCUCUGGCAGGGCUUAAAGGAGAGUUCCCAGCCCUUCAAGCCAGAAUGCGGGCUGUGCUCAGGGUGGAAGUAGAAGCUGUCAAGUUUUUGAAAGAAGAGCCCCACAAAUUGGACAGUAUGCUGAAAAGGGUGAAGAGCUUGACCGACACACUCAGCAGCCUGAGAAGGUGUGCUACUGAGUUUUCUCAGAAAGGGCCUGAGCUUUCCAGUAAUGCCACAGUGGACAACAGCCCCGCAGUAGCAGUAGACACCCCUGCAGAUGUUUCUCCAGCACCAGGCCAACCUGACUCAACCUCAGCCCCGCUAGAGCCUCAGAGCUCCACCAUCAAAUCCGAGGUGAUGCCUUCAUCCCCGGUGGUCAUCCAUCAUGUCCAGAGCUCCCCGGUCCACAUUCAGCAGUCCCAGCAAUCUGCGGCUUUGACAUCUCAACCUAGUCCCCCAGCCACACCUAGCCCCACUCAUAUCUCCAGUCCCAACCUUAGCAAGAGUCAAGACUGUGAGGCUCCCAAAGCGGUUGACACAGAUCCACCGAGUCCCACCCGCUACAAAAAGACUCAUGGGAACAGUAAUGGAACAGCCAGCCAGGAUCUUGUGAUAGAAGAGCUUCAGAGCAGUAAGGAAAAGAACAAAAGCAGAGCUGUUUCCAUAAAGGCAGCAGAGAAAGAGUGGGAAGAGAGGAGGCAGAAUAUGGGUCAUUAUGAUGGAAAAGAGUUUGAGAAGAUCCUACAAGAGGCUCAGGCAAACAUGAUGAAGGGAAUUCCAAGUCUAGAGGUGGAAGAGAACACAGCACUGCCUGCUGCUGGUAUUGUAGAAGAAGACAUUCACAACCCUGUUGAGCUACCAUCAGAAGAGCCCCAGUCAGGCCCUCAAUCAGACAAACCAGCAAAGAAGGGGUCCGAGAAACUCCCUAAGCCUCUGGUGGAGAAAUCUGCCAAGCCAGCACUAGAGAAACUCUCCAAAACUGCCAUCAAGCCAGCAGCCACUGAAAGUUUGACAAAACAGGGGUCUGAAAAGCCAAACAAGUCCCCACCACCGCCUCCGCCAAGGAAAACCUACCCCAGCUCCAGCUCAGGCAUGACCACUACACGCUCUGGUGAGGUCGUCUACACCAACAGGAAGGAGUCUGUCUCGACUCAGGAGGGCGAAGAAGAGGCCCCACCUCCCUCUCCCCAACCCAAGCCCACCAAGGUUGCACCGGAGACCAAGCCGAAGCCAGCCACUCCCCCCCUGGUUACGAGAGAAGAGGAAGAUGAAGGGGACAAGAUCAUGGCAGAGCUCCAGGUUUUCCAGAAGUGCACAGUUAAGGAUGUAGGGGUGAAAAAUUUGGUAGAGCCCACCGCUCGAAUUGAACCACAAAUCAGAGAGCUAAGACCGGGGGCUUUAUUACCCCUCAAAGAGAAAAAGCAGAGCUCAGAGCCCAGUCGAGAGGAUAAAGAUCCAGACACAGAUGAAAAUGGGAAUACAACUGUUCGACAGAGCCAAGGGGUCAUAUAUUAUGUGACGGGCCAGAUUCCCAAAGAUCAUCCACCCCCAUCGCGACUGGAAGACACCAACGACCAUCACAGAGAGCCCCCACAGUCUCCGACACAGGUGUCAAAUGUCAAUGUUAAUGACAUUUCUCCAAGCCAGCAGCAGCAACAACAGCAGCGGCCACCACUGUCUCCAACACCCAAAUCACCCCCACCUAUAUCACCUAAACCUGUGGGACUUAAUGCGUUUAAACUGCCAAAGAAGCAUGUUAAACGCUCUGAAUCCAUGAAGACAAGUGCAGAAAUGCAGAAGGGAAAAAUCCUUAAAGUUCAUACAGAAAAGAAAAGUAAGCUCGUCCAGGAGCCUGUUUCGUCUAGUAAGAAUAUAGUAACUGACCCAGUGGCGACCACAAAAACAGGUGCUGUUAAAGCAGCACCUAAACGGUAUGGUGCUCCAUCCAAAAAGACUUCUGACGAGAACAGCAGUCCACCUAAAAACACUAUUGAUGAUCUUGAUGGGGGUGCUAGUCUCAGUCCUGACUUGCCUGGAGAAGAGGCACCUCCACCCCCAGACAACAUUGCAUUUAUGAUCACCAACACCAAGGUUCAGCCACUGUCGUGUGGAGAGUACCAAGAACUGGUCAAUGCCAAAAAAGGAAGUGUGCAGACUGUUACUGUAGGCAAUGCAGUGAAUCGAGGAAACACCACAGCUGAUCCUUCAGUGCCGCAGGAUAACGGCUUCAACAAGAAGCCUGUCAUCAUCAUCUUUGAUGAGCCGAUGGAUAUCCGUUCAGCUUACAAGCGCCUUUCUACCAUCUUUGAAUGCGAGGAGGAGCUGGAGAGGAUGCUUGCAGAAGAGCGCAUUGAGGAGGAGAGUGAGGAAUCCGAUACAGAGAGAAGUAGUGGGCUGCCGGUCAUCGCAGAAGGGGCUGAGAUGGUUGGUGGCAAAAAAAUCAGCAGCUCACAGGGAGCUACAGAUCAUGCCAGCCUAUCAUCUUCAUCCUCUUCUUCGAUAUCUGAACUAACAGACAACGGGGUAAACUUAGAUUCAAAUGGAGACUCCAAGGAUGGGAAGAAGAAAUUCAAGUUCAAGUUCCCUAAGAAACAGCUGGCAGCACUGACUCAGGCCAUUCGCACAGGCACCAAGUCAGGCAAGAAGACGCUACAGGUGGUUGUGUAUGAAGAUGAAGAAGAAUCCGAUGGUACAAUCAGGCAGCACAAAGAAGCGAAGAGAUAUGAGAUUACGCGCUCAAAAUCCUUUGCAGAUGCUCCCAGGGGAACAGACACUGCCCCGCUGAAAAAGCAGAACUCCGAAGCUCUCGGUAGGACGGAUGAGAUUCGGAAGAACACCUACAAGACGCUAGACAGCCUGGAGCAGACCAUCAAGCAGCUAGAGACCACGAUUAGUGAGAUGGGACCACGCUCCCCUGAUGAGUCGGUUAACACCGAGGAAGCAAAUACAGGGAAUGGGAAAAGCUCAGUCGGAGUAGGGCUGAAGAGGUCGUCCUCUCUGCCUACCUCCAAAGGGUCUGGCCCUAAGGUACCUAGCAAAAAUUCACUGCAGAAGAAGCCUAAACCUCAGCUCCUUCCACGCCCUGUAAUCAACCCUUCUACCACCACCAACACCAACACUGUCCCCAGUGUCCCCAGCACCGUACAACAGAAUACCAGUGUUGCUUCCCCUACUAGUCGGAUGCCCGUCCCUUUGUCUGCGAAGUCCAGGCAGUCACCGGGUACAACUGACAAAGCAGGAAAACAGCAAAAACUGCAGGACGCUCAGAGGCAGUUCCGACAGGCUAACGGAAGUGCUAAAAGAGUGGGAGGGGAUCAUAAAACGACUUCCCCUACUAUACCCAUCUCUAAAAUCCCUGCUUUUUAUCCUAGCUCUACUAAAGGCAGCUCCCAGUCCACACAGAAUUCAGAUGCUACUAACCCCAUUAACCCUUCUUCCUCUUCCUCCUUUGUGACAAAGUCCUCCAUUCUGUCCUCUCACCCACCUCGUUCCAGCUCCCUACCUUCCACCCAUAUCCCCUCCCUGUCAAACGGAUCCCUCAAACUUCCCACACCCUCACAGCACACAGGUAAAGCUCUCUCGUUUUCCUCGCAGAAUGGUCGAGUCCACUCCUCCUCCUCUUCAUUCUCCUCCUCCUCCUCAUCCUCUUCCCCCUCCCCUCUGUCGCCCACACCUUUGGGCCCAGGUGGAAAGAGCAUCCGCACCAUACACACCCCCAGCUUCACCAGCUACAGGUCCCACAACGGCAGCAGCGGCAAAUCCUCCAUCCCAACAGCCACAGCAGCUAAGGACACUACUUAGCCCCAUUAUCACCCCUCUGGCUUUUACAGCAUAGCAGGUAGACCUGAUCAUAUUUUAUAUUGGUUUUGGAUUGUUGUUCAUUUUCUUUUUAUUAAAGUUUUUUUUUUUUGUAAAAGUAUUAAGUGAUGGACUCAAAUCAUGUUUUUCCUUUGACACUGGCAUUCACACACUGCUACUUUUAUCUUCAUUUUCACAUUUUGGAUCAUGCUUACUUGGAUAUCGAUUCUCUCUUGAAGGCGUUCCAGAUGACAGAAUAUUUUGCAAUGUAACUAUAAACGAUUUAGUGUUGCCACUUUGUAGCUGAAGUGGAAGGCUUUCAUGGUGUUCAAAAAUGUAUUUUCUUGCUGUAGCUAUGAGUAGGGAAUAGAGAGUUGAUGUACAAUCACAAAAUAUCAUGUAAAAAAAAAAUUGUGUUCUAUUUUUUUGAAACAAGAGAUUGAAUAACCGUAGUAUAUUUAAUCUUCUAUAUUUCCUAUGUUGCCGGACAUUCGACGCUGCCCUUGUAAAUGCCUUUUUCUGAAUGUAUACACGAUGUAUACAGACAUUUUAAACUCAUUAGUAACUUUAGUUUUUUAAGAGUAUUUUCUCAUGUUUCCACCCAUUUGAACUGCCGGUUUAUUUUACAGAUUUACAACAGGUAUACUAAAUAAUAAAAGUUUUCAUUUUAUUGUGCCUAUUUGCCAAAGUUGUUGUAUAAUGACUCACUUCAAGCCUAACUCAGUCAUGACCUUUUAGGGGAAUUUACAUGCAAUCUGUGUGGAUGGCCGAAGUGUUGACCUCAGUGUUUGCACUGCUGGUCUCGGUUUGUUAAGUUAACAUGUAUUGUUGUUUAAAUGUACUUAAGUCAAAGUGAUAAACCUGUUCUACCACGUGUACAUAAAAGCUUCUACUAAGAAAAAAAGUAGUUUUGUUAACAUACCAAAGUUUAUUUGUAUGCAUGCCUUUUGAUUACUUUAGGAGAGUGGUGUAAAAGACGACGUUUGCACAGAUAGAUUUUGUAAAUAUUUGAUUUUCUCUCAUUUUUUUUGUAAAGCUUUAAAUCAUGCUAUAAAGAAACUAUGUAAUAAAGACAAAAGUGUGUUGGAGUAGUAAUAAAGACUUGCAUGCUUGUAGUG